GAAGAAUAACUUGAUUAGUAGCAUUGAACCUGGGGCCUUCUAUGGACUUUCAGAACUAAAGCGUCUGGAUCUUUCCAAUAAUAGAAUUGGUUGUUUAACACCUGAAAUAUUUAUGGGUCUUAAAAACCUUCACAAAUUGAAUUUGUCGGGAAACAUUUUUUCAAGUCUCAUGAAUGGACUUUUCUCUGAGCUUCUAGCUCUGAAAGCCUUACAUUUCUACACUGAUUCCCUCAUUUGUGAUUGUAAUCUCAAAUGGAUCUUAUAUUGGGCUACAAAUUCGUCAGUGCGGAUAUCAGAAGAAACUGUGUGUGCUUUCCCAAGGAGUUUACAAGGAACACCAUUUCGGAAUCUGAAAGAAAAUCAGCUGAUAUGUGCUGGUCCAUUGGAGUUGCCUCUUUUUGAAUUGAUACCGUCACAGAAACAGGUGGUUUUUCAUGGUGAUCGCUUGCCAUUUCAGUGUACAGCAACUUACCUCGACAUUACGACACAAGUACAUUGGUACCGUGAUGGUCGCUUGGUUGAAACUGAUGAUGAACGAGGCAUGCUUGUGGAGGAGACCAUAAUACAUGACUGCUGUUUAAUAACACGUGAGCUUAUCUUGUCCAGCAUUGAUAUUGAUGCAACUGGAAUGUGGGAGUGUGUCGUUAACAACUCCUAUGGAAGCAUUUCUAAGCAAGUGGAAAUUGUUGUACUAGAAACAGCUGCACCUUAUUGUCCUGCUGAGAGAAUAGUUAACAAUAAAGGAGAUUUCAGAUGGCCUAAAACCGUGGCAGGCGUAACUGCUUACCAUUCAUGUCUUCAGCAUUCCUUAAGAUCAGCUUCCUUUCUGAACGGGGCAGAAGAGUUAAAAGCAUGGCGUAAUUGCAACCGUACAGGUUGGUGGGCUGAAGAAAGCUAUUCCAAAUGUCCUUACUCACAGGAAUUAACUCAAAUCCUUCAUUCCUUUAGUCAGAGGCAUCUUAAUGCUACCAAUGCACUUGAAUUUUCCCAUCAGCUAGCAACUUACACAAGAGAUGCUGCCAACUUUGCAGAUAAAGUGGAUGUUAUCUAUUUGGCUUACAUGCUGGAAAAGCUAAUUGCAUACGUGGAAGAAAUCAAAGAUAUUGCUGAUGCUGUCAUAGAGAUUGCCAGCAAUAUAAUGCUGGUAGAUGACCAUGUAUUAUGGAUGGCACAAAAAGAAAAAAAAGCAUGUGCAAGAAUUGUACAGUGUGUGGCACACAUUUCAAAUCAAACUCUGACAAGCAAUACACAAGCGGUAUCGAAGGUUUCUCUUAAUAUUGCUCUGGAAGCUUUUUGGAUCAAGCCAUAUGUUUUCACGGGCAUGACUUGCACUGCUUUCCAGAAACUGUCUGCUAAUCCAGACAGGCCACUGAGUCCUGUCAACAAAGAGACAGACCAACAUUUGAAUUUUAAGUGCAACACUGGAAAUCAGAGUACCUCUUUGGUGAAUUUCUCUUCCAUGAAUGCUGUGGCAAUAGCUUCAGUUCAUUUGCCACAGUCUGUCUUCUCCUCAUCUGCAGCCUGGCAAUCUGUUGAUAACUCCUCUUGCAAGCUACAGUUUAUUGCCUUUCGGAAUGGAAAACUCUUCCCCAACACUGCAAACUCGUCUCAUCCUGCAGGUUAUGGGAAGCACAGGAUCGUUGGCACACCCGUAGUCUUCAUUAAAAUAGAUGGGUGCAGUAUCGGAAACCUCACCAGUCCUCUUAUUAUAACACUGAAGCACUUUGCCCAGGGCAUAAACCCCAUUGCAGUCUUUUGGGCUUUUGACCUUCUAGAUGGACAUGGAGGCUGGUGGGGAGAAGGGUGCCACAUAAUUAGCUCUGCAGACAAUAUUACCACUCUUCAUAGUACUCACUUCGGUAACUUUGCAGUGCUAAUGGAUCAGAAGACGGUGUGGCCCCUAUCCCAGUACCCAGGGGAGUUCCUGCACCCUGUGGUUUAUGCAUGUACAGCAGUCAUGUUAUUGUGCCUCUUUGCUUCAAUUAUCACCUAUAUUGUGCAUCACGGCACAAUUCGAAUCAGCAGAAAGGGCUGGCACAUGCUUCUCAACUUCUGUUUCCAUACUGCUCUCACUUUUGCCGUUUUCGCUGGUGGAAUAAAUCGUGUAAAAUACCCAGUUAUCUGUCAAGCGGUUGGCAUUGUACUGCAUUAUUCUACACUCUCUACAAUGCUCUGGAUUGGAGUGACAGCACGAAAUAUUUAUAAGCAAGUUACAAAAAAGCCUCAAACCUCCCAAAACAGUGAUCAGCCUUCUUAUCCAAAACAGCCAUUGCUCAGGUUUUAUCUGAUUAGUGGAGGAGUUCCUUUUAUUAUUUGUGGAAUUACUGCAGCAACCAACAUAAAUAAUUAUGGGAUAAAAAGUUAUGCAGGAGCUCAAUUUUGUUGGAUGUCAUGGGAGCCAAGUCUUGGUGCAUUUUAUGGACCACUUGCAUUCAUUGUUCUGGUCACAUGCAUUUACUUCUUCUGCACAUAUGUGCAAUUGAGGCGCCACCCAGAACGCAAGUAUGAAUUAAAGGAAAGGACAGAAGAUCAGCAACGGUUGGCAAGUUCUGAACUUGGCCAUAGUCACAUGACAGACAUUGGAUCGGUUUCCCAGGCAACCUGUUCGAUGAUGUCUUCAUCCCUGUUGGAAAAUGAGCACUCGUUCAAGGCUCAGCUUCGAGCUGCCGCAUUCACUUUGUUUCUGUUUACCGCCACAUGGACUUUUGGUGCCCUUGCUGUUUCCCAAGGACAUUUCUUGGAUAUGAUAUUUAGCUGCCUUUAUGGGGCAUUUUGUGUGACCUUAGGGCUCUUCAUCCUCAUCCAUCACUGUGCAAAGCGAGACGAUGUGUGGCAUUGUUGGUGGUCCUGUUGCCCGUCUCGAAGAAACACGUACUCGGUGCAAGUUAAUGUCCGUCCCAAAGUUAAUGUCAAUGGUGAAAGCCAAGCUCACACCUCAUGCCUUCAAGACUCACCGUGCCCAACUAAAUCUGCUGUUUUUAAUCACCCGGCUGUUGGUCACUGCAAACUCACUAAUCUGCAGGCUGUUCAAAACCACGUCAACUGUCUUUCACCAGUCACACCAUGUUGUGCAAAAAUGCACUGUGAUCAGCUCCUGGAAGAUGAAGCUCAUAUCCAUGUACACAACGAAGGGACUUUCAGACCCAGCAUGCACAUUCACAGAUGUUUGAAGAGCAGAACUAAGCCACGAUACUUUAGCCGACAUCGAUCUGCAGGAGAAAGGGAGUAUGCUUACCAUAUUCCUUCAAGUAUUGAUGGCAGCAUACACAGUUCACACACAGACAGUCCACACAGUACACAUGACAGCCACUCAGGCCACAGGCGGCCAUGUUGUGCAAAAAACAGUCCCUAUCCAACCAUCAGUCAGCCUGAAAGUAGCGAUGCAAGUACUGUGAUCUAUAGUUGCGCUAAAGUCCCAGAAACUGAGACAGGCCCUCAUGUAGCUCAUUUUGAGAUGCAUCCACGGACACAGUCCUUGCCAUUUAGCACAACCAGCCACAAUGGAAUUCUAAAGGGAAACUUGCAUGAAGCCAUGAUCUACAGUUCAGAUAGUACAGGAAAUAUCAAAACAGGGCCUUGGAAGAAUGAAACUACUGUGUAGUUGGAGGCCACAUUUCUCCUCUUGCAGCUCAGAGCAUCUUAGACUGCAAACCUAUAUACAUCAAUUUGGGAGUAAGCCAAGUUAAAUUCAGUGGGCUUACUUCUGAGUAGACCUAAGUAGGUUUGUACUGUUGAUCUUUGUUUUCCUUCUAAACUGAAUAAGAUUCUACGUGUUUGUGUAGCACAUGAGAUAACUGUACAGGUUUUCAAACUAUUUUUUUCUUAAUAAGAAGAGGCUUUUAAAAAGCAGGGGCAGUCUUGAAAUUAUUUUUAAAAGAACGAUAGAACAUGUUCAAGGAAGAACUAAAAUGUAAACUUAGGAAGCAGAAUACGGGGCUUUUGUUACUAUGACGUAAUGUAUUGUUUUCCUUUCAUUUUCUUUAAUCUGUAUUAGCAUCAGACACUUUUCUCCACAGAUAUCAGCAUCAUAGCCUUUCCUUGAUUAUUUUUGCAACAAAAUGGUGUUCUAUUAAUUUUUGAAAUCAGCAUAAAAAGAAAGGGUUUUAUAACCAGCCUAACACAGCUUUUUAGACCUAUAAAAGCGAUACUGCCUCUAAAGAUCUUCUGUAGCAUAUGGCGUGUAAAACCAUGUAGUGUAUGUCACCGUUCUGUCUUCUUUCUCUUCGGAAGGAAACACUAGGUCAAGUCCUAUGUUAACACCUACAGUGCUGUACUGGUUGUAUUUCUUUUUUGUUGUUAAGGUUAUUGUCAUUAAUAACAAUAUUUUUAAUUUCUGCAUGGCAUCUGUCAGGAUAAUGCCAUUUGUUGUUUUCUAAUGUUACAUAUGUACAAAGAAGAAAAAAACCUAUUGUAAAAGGCUGUGACUAUCCAUGUUGGUAUUAAUCUAGAGCAUUCUGACUCUCUGAAAAGGAAAGUGAAAAAAUAUCUUCUGCACUAUUUUAAGUGGCACAAUCCUUUGUAUGAGGUUAAACGAUUGCUUUGAUAAGGGUGCACUCUAAUGUCUCUGCAAAGCAUGCCCCACUGAAUGUGGCACCGCGUAUGUCUCUAGCAGCUGUCCCGGCGAGUCUCACUCUUCUGUGUGUUGUUCGUUGUUCGCCUUUGGGAAUUAAUCUGCAACUAGCCCUAUCAUCACUGAUCAAGGCAAAGUAGAGCUUUCCCAUUAACUCUUUGAGGACUACAGUUAUUGGCUUAAGAAAUCAAGUAGAGCACCAGCAGCCCUAGUUAAGCACUUUGAAAAUGCAUUGAUUUCAGUGAGAAAGACGUAACGUAUGUAUCUGCUUGCAUUUUUUAAACACUGACAACCAGAGUGCUUAACUUUGAUUGGAUUGUUUCCUGACUAUGUUUCCAGAUGGGAGGGAGGACUGAUACAUGCAGUGUUAUGCGAUGAUCAUCGUCAUCAUAACAGUCCAGCCCAGCCCAGGAGUAGCUAAUAAAAGCUAUGUGACUUAGACGGCCAUUCUAAGCACGCUUUUCAGAGGAUGGGCCCAGCAAACACCCUGGCCCUGUUUCCUGUUGCUAAGGAAAUACAUACACGAUUUCACUGUAAUGAAAUACCAAUUAAGAGCAGAGGUUUAAAUUAUUCUGUAUUUAGGGUGAAACCACCUCCUUUGUCACACCUUUCAAUCUAUUGCCAAAGCAGAAUUGGGAUUGUCAUUAUAUUUCCAUGCAGAUUUGGCCCUUGAGAGCAGGGUGUUUCACUGAUUUAUUCUGUUCAGAUCUAAUGAUCUCUAGGGCCAACAAUAUUCUCUGUUCAUGAACUUUUGGCAAAAAGGUGUUUUUUGUUUUAGGGUUUUUUGGGGGGAGGGGGAAUCUAUCUAUGAAUAUCUGAACGCAGUGCACCAAUAAACCUGAAUAAGAGAAUUAUAGUUGCUUUUUAAAAAUUAAAGUGCAGUACAGUUUUAAACUGGUGACAUAAUAUGAAUAGAACUUUACAGCUCAAAGUGAUGGUGGGGAGCUGUGAUGAAAAAUAAGCAGUAAUUCCACAUUUAAAGCAACCAACCAACCAGGGAAGCAAUCAAAAAAGUCAAGAUGGCAGCCACCACCAUGUGAUUGAAGCCCUGCUCCCCAUAUACAUGCAUUGUAA